GUCUGAUGGUCUUUCUGAGCAUGAUGGUGGGAGCGUUCCUGUGGGGUGGUCUGGCAGACAAAGUUGGCCGCCGGCGCUGUCUGGUUGUGGCGUUAGCUAUAAACUGCAUCUUUGCCUUCCUGUCUUCGUUCGCCCAGGGCUACGGUUUCUUCCUCUUCUUCAGGCUGCUGUCUGGCAUUGGUAUUGGUGGCACAGUGCCGAUCGUCUACUCGUACUUCUCAGAGUUCCUUCAGAUGGACAAGAGAGGAGAGCAUCUGUCCUGGUUGUGUAUGUUCUGGAUGAUUGGUGGGAUCUAUGCUUCAUUCACUGCCUGGGGAAUCAUACCCAGAUAUGGCUGGGGGUUCAGUAUGGGCACAGAGUUCCAGUUCCACAGCUGGCGGGUGUUUGUUCUGGUUGCGGCUCUUCCUGCCAUUGCCUCUCUGGUUGGCCUCACCUUCAUGCCCGAGAGUCCUCGCUUCCUCCUGGAGUUACUAUGGUCUGUCUGUUUGGUUCCCUGACAUGAUCAAACACCUUCAGUACGAGGAGUAUGAGUCCAAGGUCAAGGUGUUCUAUAAAGAACGAGUGGUGAACUUCCAUUUUAACUUUUCUUUAGAGAACCAGAUCCAUAAAGAAGGGGAAUAUAUCCAGGAUGAGUUCAUCAGUAUAGAGAUGAAGUCAGUCAAGUUUGAGGACUCACUGUUCGAAAAUUGUCGCUUUGAGGACAUCAAGUCCACAGACACAGUGUUUGAGAACUGCACCAUCCGUUCCACGGUCUUCCGUAACACAGACCUGUGGGAAGAGAAGUUCAUCAACUGUAAGAUGGACAACACCUCCUUUGAGCACAACAAACACGGCUGCCACCUGAACACUGUUGAGGAGAACGAUGUUCUUAUUUACCUGGUCAGCUUUCUGGGCAGCCUGGCUGUGUUGCCGGGCAACAUCAUCUCAGCCCUCUUCAUGGAGAAGAUUGGCAGGGUCAAGAUCAUAGGGCCACAGCAUUUGGUGUGCUGAACGCUCUGUGUAAACUGGCCGCAGUGCUUGGGAGCUCCAUCUUCGCCAGCUUUGUGGGUGUCAGCAAAGCUGUCCCCAUCCUGCUGUCCUUCGCUGCGCUGGUGUGUGGUGGCCUGGUGGCCCUCAAACUACCUGACACACGAGAGAAAAUCCUCCAGUAAUUUUGUUUGAGAUCCUGGGUGUGGGAUGGAAGAGGCCAUAACAUAUUUGCUUAAUGUUGGAACCUAUUAUUUUAAUUGAUUUUGACUUGACUCUUCAUUUGAAAGGAAGCAAGAAUAGAAAUAACUUAAAUGUAAAAUGCCAAGCUCUCAUGGUUUUUCAUGUAAACUAUUUUUUAAUGUUGUGCAAGUUUCAGAGGUUGGCGGAAGGUUCCACUAAUGACAGCAGGUAGACGGGUAUUCAAAAUUAAGGCUGAUACUGAGAAUUUCUGUUCGAGAUAGUGUGAUCCUUUAAUGAUGCAAUCAAUCUAUUAAGACACACUGGAUUUACUAACAACAUGAUCAUGUCCUCUGCUUCUUGUCUUUCUGCCAAUACUUUAAUGCAUGAACGGGAGUAAUGUCAGAAGUUAGCCAAAAAUGUUCUGUGACUGGAACUUUUUUGGGCUUUUCAUAAAUUAUAGCAAAUAAUGGCCUGUGUGUUUGACAUGUGAAAGAGGAUUGAUAAGGUUUCCCUCUGCUUUGUGUGUCAGUUGUCAACAACUUUCUCCUUGUGUUAUGCUUUUACAGACGUCUUCUAGUUCUGGCUUGAUCUUACUCACAUAUCAGGGCACUGUGCCUAUCUGUAUCUGUUUGACUACAAAAUCAACUUACAAUUAUCAUGCAAUAUUUUUAUCAAUGGGUGUAUUUUUUAAUUAUUUGGAAAAAAACCUAAAAUUUUACCCAUUGUGCUGUUACUGUAUAUUCCGCUCAGAAUAGUGAAAGUCAGUUAGCCUCAGUUGCUUACGUUAGCACUGAUGCCCAUGAGACAUUGCUUUCUGCUCAGGUCAUGCAACACCUGCUGAGUCACUGGCAGAAAAGUAGGGGUCUACUGUAACUAGCGUUAGUUGUUGUUCCUCAAAGCUGCAGUUGGUCAUUUUUUAUAAAAAAUAUUAUUCGUCAUAUUUGCUGAAACCUUCA